AUCUUGUUUGUAGUCCUUGUUUCUUUUCACCUUUCCAUUGUUCCUGACAAGUAGAAAUGGCAGCGGGAAGGCAGCAGAUGGACUGCGAGUCCCGUCAGCCGGGGGCCGGGGGCCGGAGCGCGCCGACGCCGAACCCGCUGCCGCCGCUGCCGGGCCUGUGUGCGAACUGAGUGCGGGGACUGCCACUUCUGCCGAGACAUGAAGAAGUUUGGGGGGCCCGGGCGCAUGAAGCAGUCGUGCCUGCUGCGGCAGUGCACUGCCCCCGUGCUCCCACACACAGCUGUGUGCCUCUUGUGUGGGGAGGCUGGGAAGGAGGACACGGUGGAAGGAGAGGAGGAGAAGUUUGGUGUGAGCCUCAUGGAGUGUACCAUCUGCAACGAGAUCGUCCACCCUGGCUGCCUGAAGAUGGGGAAGGCUGAGGGGGUCAUCAAUGCAGAGAUUCCCAACUGCUGGGAGUGCCCUCGUUGCACCCAGGAAGGCCGGACCAGCAAGGAUGCAGGAGAGGGCCCAGGCCGCCGGAGGGCUGACAAUGGCGAGGAGGGUGCCAGCCUGGGGAGUGGAUGGAAGCUGACAGAGGAGCCGCCACUUCCACCCCCCCAACCCAGGCGCAAGGGCCCUUUACCUGCUGGCCCCCCCGCAGAGGAUGUGCCUGGGCCCCCUAAACGGAAGGAGAGGGAGGCAGGGACUGAGACCCCCACCCCAAGGAAAAAGGUGAAAGGAGGCCGAGAGAGGCACCUGAAGAAGGUGGGUGGAGACGCCUGCCUCCUCCGAGGAUCGGACCCAGGCGGCCCUGGCCUUCUGCCCCCCAGGGUUCUGAAUCCGAGCCAGGCUUUCUCGUCUUGCCACCCUGGGCUCCCUCCCGAGAACUGGGAGGUAAACCAAAGCCACCUUUGGCCUCUGCUGAGGGUCCAGCAGUACCAUCCCCAUCACCACAGAGGGAGAAACUGGAGCGCUUCAAGCGGAUGUGCCAGCUGCUGGAGCGGGUGCCCGACACCUCCUCAUCCUCUUCUGACUCAGACUCCGACUCGGACUCAUCAGGCACAUCACUGAGUGAGGAUGAGGCCCCUGGCGAGGCCCGGAAUGGGCGAAGGCCAGCCCGGGGCAGCUCAGGAGAGAAAGAGAACCGUGGGGGGCGGCGGGCUGUACGCCCUGGCAGUGGGGGACCACUGCUCAGCUGGCCCCUGGGCCCGGCUCCACCACCUCGGCCCCCACAGCUGGAGCGGCAUGUGGUACGGCCACCACCUCGAAGCCCCGAACCUGACACGCUACCUUUAGCUGCUGGAUCCGACCACCCUCUGCCCCGGGCCGCCUGGCUUCGUGUCUUCCAGCACCUUGGGCCCCGCGAGCUGUGCAUCUGCAUGCGAGUCUGCCGGACCUGGAGCCGCUGGUGCUAUGACAAGCGUCUGUGGCCUCGAAUGGACCUGAGCAGGCGUAAGUCGCUGACACCGCCCAUGCUCAGUGGUGUUGUUCGGCGCCAACCCCGUGCUCUGGACCUCAGCUGGACAGGUGUUUCCAAGAAGCAGCUCAUGUGGCUUCUGAACCGACUGCAAGGCCUGCAGGAGCUGGUGCUCUCCGGCUGCUCCUGGCUCUCCGUCUCUGCCCUGGGCUCAGCCCCACUGCCAGCCCUGAGGCUCCUGGACCUCCGCUGGAUCGAGGAUAUUAAGGACUCCCAGCUCCGUGAGCUACUGCUGCCUCCACCCGACACUAAACCAGGCCAAACGGAGAGUCGUGGGCGGCUUCAGGGGGUGGCAGAGCUGCGCCUGGCAGGCCUGGAGCUGACCGAUGCCUCCCUGAGGCUCCUGCUACGCCACGCACCCCAGCUCAGUGCUCUGGACCUAAGUCACUGCGCCCAUGUUGGGGACCCCAGCGUCCACCUUCUCACAGCCCCCACCUCCCCACUCCGUGAGACCCUCGUGCACCUCAAUCUCGCUGGUUGCCACCGGCUGACGGACCACUGCCUCCCGCUCUUCCGCCGCUGCCCACGCCUACGCCGCCUAGACCUGCGCUCUUGCCGCCAGCUCUCACCUGAAGCUUGUGCUCGGCUGGCAGCUGCCGGGCCUCCAGGCCCCUUCCGCUGCCCAGAGGAAAAGCUACUUCUUAAGGACAGCUAGUUGGGUGCCCCCCACCCUCCCCCAGGACUCAUCAGAAGCCUGGACCUCUGGCUUUCAUUUCACCCCCUUGCCAGGAGGCCAGGUUACCCACCUCAUGACUGGGAAUUCCUGAGUUUUAGGACUUGGGAUUCCUACCCAGGGACUACAGCUAGCCUUCCCCCAACCCACCCCACCCCCCACCCUCUUCCCCCUGCACUGAUAUCUCUGGGGGUCUCUCCUUCCCAUCCCCAUCCCCCUUCCACUUACUUCAUUGUCCAUCCCCAGGGGGGAGUGGGUCAGAGGUACUGGGGGGGUGCUGAGCCAAAGGGAUGGUGGGAGGGGGGUUAAGGUGCAAGUCUGAGGGGAGGGGAAUGGGGGAAGGGCAUCUGCACACAGGAUACUGGGAGCCAUGGGGCUGGGGGAGGUGGAGGAUGGGCUGGGGGGAGGGGGGCAGAAUGCAGACCAUCAAGGGUUCAGGAACAAAGACCAGAUCUUUGGAAUUGGGGGUGGGUUGGGGGGGUCAAAAAGGGAAACCAGAAGAGCAGUUGGGGAUCCAGGUGUCAGAGGUAGGGGGACUCGGGGAGUCAGGGGAAGGCCAGAACUGAGAGGUGGGUAGGGGGACAAGAGUAGGUGUGGGGGCAAUAGUAGCCCCUCUAGGGGAUCACCCCUCACCUUGCCCCCUCCCUAGAUUUCAGUUCUUUUCUCCCAGCCCAGACUCCUUGAAUGUCACUGACAAUGGCAGCUAUUGUGAGGAGUGGGGGCCGGGGCCCAGGGGAGUGGUGAGGGGUGCUCCGACCCCCUGCCUGCCUCCCUGCACAAUACUUGAACAUUCAUCUGUACUGAAGUGUUACUUGAACCGGGUGAACCUCGGACCUGGGGGAGCUGGAGUGUGAAGGGGUCAGACUAGCUCUUAACUAAAGCUGGUCCUGUGGACGCCUAGUUUGGACUGCGCCGCCCCGGGCGCCCGGCUGCUUUACUGGAUUGAGCAGCUCCACCCCUGUUGACAUCAGGCGGGGCGGUGCCAGCCCACGGAUGGGGAAGAUGGGACUUCUCCGGCGUGGCUCUACCCACUCAUCGUCUUGGAAACUUGUACCUAUUAGCCCAGGGAACUGCCACUCCUGGUUGCCAUGGAAAUAGCAGCCAAUGGGCACCUGAUGCCAGUGCUAAAGCUGGAAAUGGCCCCUCUUAGUUGCCAUGGGAACUUAGUAACAGACUCUUGGCCCUUCCCACCCGCCCCCUCCUCCAGUGUGGGGGCGUUGUUUCGGGAGCCAGAGGGAGGGGUCGGGGCCAGGUCCUACCCCUCAAACCAGCCCUGCCAGAGGAGCCAGGUUGUACCAUGUAGGGGAGGGGAAUCUAUCCACAUACCUCAGGUAACUGGAAGGUGCACGGGUGGGGGGAGGGACUGGGCGGACCAAAGGCCGGAGGGGAGGGGGGCCUGGGGAUCACAAAAGGCUUGAGGAUGGAGCCUCUUGGGGAAAGGGGAGAAGCAGCCCGGUGGUGGUGUGGGGGGGUGGGCAGGUGGGGAACCCAGCCGGGCUGGGCCCCGGGUCUAUACAAUACGGUUUGCUAUAAAACUCAAAAUCUUCCAGCCGGG